CAUAAAAUAGCAAACUUACAACAAUUAUUUAACAUUUCGAAGCUAUGAGGAAGGGACACAAGCUGUGUGGAGUUCACUGGCGGGAUUCAGGCUGCUGCUGGGACCAGGCUCUGCUGAAGAGAGGAACUUCUGCUCUAUUUUUUGGGGACGGCAGAGCAUUUUUCUGGAAGGUUCCUGAGCAUGAGUCGUCUGUACACCGGGCACCUUCCUCAGCUGGGGGGUGAGGUGCCAACAAGGCCACCUCUGGUCUACCUGUAUGGGGCAGAGAGGACUUUGAUGCCCACUUUGGGGUUUUCUUCUUCAGGCAUCCUUACCAGACAGGAGCCACCUCAGAAGCCACCUUAUAGCUACAUUGCCUUGAUUGCCAUGGCCAUCAAGGAAUCCCCAGACCACAAGGUCACCCUGAAUGGCAUCUACCAGUAUAUCAUGGACCGUUUCCCCUUCUACCACGACAACAAGCAAGGUUGGCAGAACUCCAUCAGGCACAACCUGUCCCUCAACGACUGCUUCGUCAAGGUGGCCAGGGAAAAGGGCAGACCCGGGAAGGGCAGCUACUGGACCUUGGACCCUAAGUGCCUGGACAUGUUCGAAAAUGGCAACUUCAGAAGGAGGAAAAGGAAAGCCAAACCUCUGUCGUGCCAGGACAGCAAGAGAUGUAAGGCACAAUGUGUGGAGAGAUCUGGAGAUGGACAAGUUACCUACAAGAGGUCAGUUGUUAAUGGAUUGUUGGGGGGAGCUCAGAUGGAGGACAGUGACCCUGUCUCGGGCUGUGCUACAGAGGUCCUCUCCUCUUCUGAAGAGGAUGGAGGCUUUGGAGAACUGAUAAAAGUUUGCAGCUCCCCAGAUAUGACCUCUGUCACUUUAAUGAACAGUCCACAGACAUCCGGAUGUCCAGUUUCCUCUCUCUUAUCUGACAAGGGGACUUUAUCUACAACCCAGGAUGAGACCAGGAGCUGCAGGAUCUUCCAGGAGAGCCCCCCUGCCGAGGAGAAGGACCCCAUGCAAGACCUGGGCUAUGAAAGGCAUUUAGAUGGAGAUCUCAGCAGCAAGGGGCCAGGAGGGGCCAUCAGUGAGGAAGAAGAGGCCACCCCAAAACACCCCAAAAACUUCAGCAUAGACAGCAUUCUAAGCUCACAAACGACAAAAGGUGAUGGAGGGGCUUCAGGGCAACCAGGGUUCUCCAAGGUGACUAUGGAGUGUCUUCCAGGUACCUAUAGAUAUCACCCCCUCUUUCAGAGCCCUGGUAUUUGCCCUCUGUUUAAUACCUCUGUCAUGAUUGACUCCCAGAUCCAGGGGAGGUUCUAUCAGAUAGGACUCCCAAUCCUCUCCUAUCUCCCUUUAGCUCUCUCAGAGUCUGUGCUGCCCAAGUAGACCAGCAAAUGUAUCUAAUAUCACCACCAUGUCUUGAAGCAGGGAAAAGCUUCUCUUGGCUCUCCAGCUGUUGUGAAACUACAAAUCCCAGCUUGUCCUGCAGAUAAAAGUUAUUCAGCUGAGACCUGCAGAACAGUAAAGUUUUGACUCUGUAGCACUUCUGGCUAAUCCUAACCCAAUCAACUAAUUCUAACCAU